AUGGAAUUGAAGCUUAAACACCGAGAUUUGCGCGCGUCGAACGCGCUCGAGCUAGUUGGCGCUGCUCGACCUGUUCGUCUCGCUCAUGAUUCACGCGGUGCCGCGGCGACAGUAGCCAUGCCGUACAUCCGACAAGGCGAGGUGGUGGAGCGCCUGUCGCCAUGGCAGCUCGCCUUCUACGUGGAUUUCUUCCGCCGCCUCUUCCGCAUCAUAAAGAUGUUCUUCUACACCCUCUUCUCGCCUGACGCGGCAGGAGUGAAGAAGUCCAAGGGGAGAGGAGGGGGGGGGCAGGGCGCAUGGGGGGAAGCUCUGGGGGCGGAGGGGGUGGGGGAGGGGGAGGCGGAGGAGGGGGAGGCGGUGGUGCGAGGAGGGGGCUUGGAGGGAUGA